AACACCUCGGCCGCGAAUCGAAACCGCCAUGGCCUUGGCGGCGCGGGUGGCGCGGGUGUCGAAGGGCGGCCUGGCGCUGAAAUCGGUGCCGGGACUGGGAAGAUGUCUGGAAGUCGCCGAGCCGGUGGAGUGUGGGGUGCUGGCUGAGGAGGCUCCUUUGGCGCUGGGCUCAUCCUUGGGCCGUGCCUUGGCACGGACAGCGGACGGAAGCCUGGAGGCCAGUGAGGACCUGCUGGCAGCCUGCUUGGAGCUGGAGCUGGAGGCGCCGAACGACGAGGCGAAAUCCGAGGCGCUCCAAGUGGCGGCGGAGCUGGAGCUCGGGUCCGACGCGCAAACCGACGGCGAGCUGCUGUCGGCCCUGAGGCCAGAGAUGCGCCGCGCGCUGGGCGAGCGAGCGCCUGAGAUGCUCCGACUGUGGCGCCGGCGCUGCGACGUGAACGCCGAGACCUGGGCGGAGCUGCAGGGCUCGGAGGUGGUGUUCCUCUACGGCCUCUUCGGCGCUCUCGCGAUGGUCGAGCACAGCUGCCGACCCAACUGCCGGGUAGAAUGGGAUGCCGAGAGGCGCCUGCUGCGGCUGGUGGCGCUUCGCGCGUUGGACCGCGGGCAGCGGGUCACGCGGAGCUACCUGGACAUGGGGCUGCUGCUCUCGCCGCGAAAUGUGCGGCAGCAAAGUCUGCAGCAGGGCUGGGGCUUCCACUGCUGCUGCCCCCGCUGCGCCACACCCGGUGCCGAUGCCUCAAGCGACGUGGACGACGCGGACGAACUCGCCGCCGCGGCGUUCUUCGAGGUGCUGGACCUGCAACGGUGCGUGGAGGGGCUGCCGCGCCUUGUCUUCUCGGGGCGCUUGGGUAUCAUGUGGGGUGGGGAUUAUCCCAGGUCUGGGGAAGGCCGGAAAGGCAAGAGAUGUCGGGAGCCGCUUGAAGAGGUGUUGAUCCCUCGCAUGAACGCGCUUGAAGAAGCACCGGUGAAGCUGGGACCAGCCCGGGACCCCGGCUCCGAGCUUUUGAAGGUGCACACGGAGCUGAAGUUCACCUACGCAGAUGCCACGAAGCGCUGCGCAUCCCUGCCAAAUCUGCACAAGAUCAAGAACGGCUACUUUGGUUACUUCAAGGAUGAGAGGCAUCCUGUGUCGAAGGAGCACAAGUUCACUUACGACCAGCUCAAGGAUAGCUCCGUGUUCGACCCCAAGAACCCGAAGGAGACCUUCCACAUCCGCCACACAGAGGCGAUGCGCGCGCGCUGCGCCGUGCCCUUGCGGACCCGGUGGAUGGUGAGGACCUCCCAGUCUUACGGGUGGCUGCCGCCCAUCGACGACCCCAAGCUCGGCUUCGGCCGGGGGAACUUGUAUCACCGAGAUGCCAUGGAUGCCUCGCACAUCACGGUCGGGGGCAACUCGUCCUCGACGCCCAUCGCCCCCAACAGCAGCUGA